AGCCUCGAACGGCAUCCUAUUCCACCACUCUCUCUCUCUCUGUGCCACUUCUUCUUUCCUUCAGAUUUUCGAUUAUUUUUCCUUUCCUUUUAUCAGCCAUGCAUGCAUAAGUAUCCGAGAGAGCAAAGAAUCUAGUCGUUCUCUCCCUCUGUCUCUCUCCGAGUAGCAAAAAUGAUUACCGGAGGAGACAUCUAUAAUGUAUUUGCAGCGGUGGUGCCUCUCUAUGUAGCCAUGUUCCUGGCCUACGGCUCGGUGAAAUGGUGGAAGAUCUUCACCCCCGACCAAUGCUCAGGCAUAAACAGGUUCGUCGCCGUCUUCGCCGUCCCCCUCCUAUCGUUCCACUUCAUCUCCACCAACAAUCCCUACGCCAUGGACUUCAAAUUCAUCACCGCCGAUUCUCUUCAGAAACUAGCCAUCUUGGUGGUCCUCACCCUGUGGGUUUGGUUCGGCAAGAACGGCAGCCUGGACUGGAUGAUCACCAUCUUCUCUCUCUCUACUCUCCCCAACACCUUGGUCAUGGGCAUCCCUCUGAUGAGAGGCAUGUAUGGCGAUUUCUCCGCUAGCCUGAUGGUCCAGGUUGUGGUGAUGCAGAGCCUUGUGUGGUACACCCUCAUGCUGUUCAUGUUCGAGUAUAGGGGUGCCAAGAUACUGAUCGUGGAACAGUUUCCAGAGACAGCCGGCUCCAUUACUUCCUUCAAGGUGGAUUCUGAUGUGGUAUCCCUGGAUGGGAGGGACGCCCUUCAAGCAGAUGCAGAGAUUGGAGAGGAUGGCAAGCUUCACGUCACUGUUCGAAAGUCAUCGUCCUCGAGGUCUGCACUCUCCGCCUACAGGCAUCACCACGGCCUCAGCUCGAUAACACCGAGAGCCUCGAACCUAACAGGAGUCGAGAUCUACUCUCUUCAAUCAUCGAGAGAGCCCACGCCAAGAGGUUCCAGUUUCAACCACACAGAUUUCUAUAACAUGCUGAAGAUGCCUGGGAGUGGAGGCGGGUUUCUGCAGAGUCCCCGCCAAUCCAAUUUCCAGACGACUGACAUAUACUCUGUGAACUCUUCGAAGGGGCCGACCCCAAGGACAUCGAAUUUUGAGGAGGAUGUGAUGAGGUUUGGGAAGCAUAGGUCUCACAAAAGCAAUGACUUUAGUGGUGGUGGUAGGAGAAAGAUGUCCGGUGAUUUCCAGGUGAGAUCUCCAAAUAGAAAGUUUGGUGAACCUGCUCCUAAGGAGCUCCAUAUGUUCGUUUGGAGCUCGAGUGCUUCUCCUGUUUCUGAAGCAAAUCUCCACCACGCAGUGAACAAAGGUGGUUCCAGUGAUUUUGGGGCUCUGACUGACUCGAAAUCAAAAGUGAGUUCAGUAGUGCAAGAUUCAGGAGAAAGUUUUGGGACGGCCGGCAAGACUGUUGCAGAUGGAGAGAAUGGCUUGCAGAGAGACCUGGAAAUUGAGGGGAGUUGCAGUCCUCGUGCAAAGAUGGCAGAUGGCGUUGAUCUGCAGAAGAAUCCAGAGAUUGGGCUGGAGAAGGUCAAGAACACGCAGAUGCCUCCAGCAAGUGUGAUGACAAGAUUGAUUCUCAUUAUGGUGUGGAGGAAGCUGAUCAGAAACCCAAACACCUAUUCCAGCAUCCUUGGUUUGACUUGGUCCCUUGUGGCCUACAGGUUGAACAUUAAAAUGCCAACGAUCGUACAAGGAUCCAUUUCAAUCCUUUCUGAUGCAGGCCUAGGAAUGGCUAUGUUCAGUCUAGGUAUCUUCAUGGCGUUGCAGCCAAAGAUAAUAGCGUGUGGGAGGGCGACUGCAACCUUCGCCAUGGCUGUCAGGUUUCUAACUGGCCCAGCGGUCAUGGCUGCCACAUCCAUCUCCAUUGGCCUCAGGGGUGUCCUCCUCCAUGUUGCCAUUGUUCAGGCAGCUCUCCCACAAGGAAUCGUUCCCUUUGUGUUUGCAAAAGAGUACAGUCUUCACCCUGACAUCCUUAGCACUGGGGUCAUUUUUGGUAUGCUGAUUGCUUUGCCCAUAACCAUACUCUACUACAUCUUACUUGGCCUGUAGCAGCAGCAGCGAAGGACCAUUCAAAGAAGAAGAGAGAGAAAGUGGAAAGGUGAAAAGAUCGAGGGGGUAAAGGACAGAGAAACAGAGGCUAACGCCGAUGCAUGCAAGAAAGUUGCAGCAAGAGGAAGAGGAGGGAGGAGGCCAGUGAAUGCAAUUUUUACGCUUUUGGCUCUUUGCACGUGGUCUGGAGCGGUGAAAGAGAUGGCAGAUUCAAUGUCAAACAACAACACCUUUAAAUUUAAUCAGCAGCAAGUUUUUUAAUGCCAUUUGGUUUUUUAAUGGUCAUGCAUGUGAAUCAAGUCGCUAGAGGCCAAGAGGGGCAAAAUGAUAUUUUUCGCAGCCUCUCGUAAAUAAUAUUUUCCAACUGCAAUGCUAUGCUGAGGAAAGAACGAUGGUGGCGAUAAACUAGAGGCUCCGUAACUUAACUUUCUUGGGGUGCGUGCUUCGGCAGACGCCUAACCGAGACAAAGCAGGGAAAUGACCACAGUUUUUCUUUUAAUUCAUACUGAGGACGUU